CGAUGCCUCUCGCAUCAAUACUAACUUAAGGUUGGUUCUUCCUUGAACGCUUUACACGGAUCUGUAACAUACAUUUUCGAAUAUAUGCUCUGAACGCGAUGUUCCUCGUCGUCGUCGUCGUCGUCGUCGUCCUCGUUAGCGUGUCACCGGCGUGCGCGAGCGGCGGCUUCCCCAAGUUCCCCGCCGACGCGUGCGGCCGCCGCGCCAUCCCCUGGAAGCCUGAGCGGGAGCCGCGCGUGGUGGGCGGCGAGGAGCCGCCGUACGGCGCCGUCCCCUGGCAGGUAGAGCUGCGCUUCGGCGACCGCCACCAGUGCGGCGGGGCUCUGAUCAGCGUGCGCCUGGUGCUGACGGCGGCUCACUGCUGGCUCGAGGGCCUGGUGGUGGUGGCCGGCGCGCACGGGCCCCCAGGCACCGCCCCCUACGAGCAGGUGCUGCGGGUGGAGCGCGCCAUCCAACAUCCGGACUUCCGCAAGCUGGGGCCGUACAGCCACGACAUCGCCGUGCUGCUCCUCGCCGCUCCCGGCGUGCGCUUCAACAUACUGGUCAAGCCGGCGUGCUUCGCCUACGAGUCGCCGCCACCGGGCACAUGGUGUGAGGUGUCGGGUUGGGGCGCCAGCGACCCCUCGACGCCGGACAGGCUUUCGCCGGUGCUGAGGUCGGCGGCAGUGCCGCUGCUCUCCCUGGAGACGUGCCGGAAGGACGGCGUCUACGGCGGACGGCAGCAGCCGAUCUUGGACUCGAUGCUGUGCGCGGGACACUUGAGAGGAGGAAUUGACGCGUGCGGAGGUGAUUCGGGUGGGCCGCUAGUCUGUGAGAGGGACGGGAGGCACGAACUGACGGGAAUCGUGUCCUGGGGAGACGGUUGCGCGAAAAAAGACAGACCGGGGGUCUACACGAGAGUGGCUAGCUUUUUGCCGUGGAUCAGGGAAUCCGCCCGGGAGUUUGGAGUGGACUACGAUUUCUGAGUGGUAGACCGUUUAUUUUUCUGUCUUGUACAAUUUAUAAUACUGAUCGAGUGACAUUUUUUGGGGACGGGACUAUGGUCGGAGCCAGAGUCGUAGCAAAAGCCUAAGUGUUGGGGGGCAAUCCAAACAGUUUUGCCAGUUUUGC